GGCAUUAACUCCGUACAGCGAGUCCAUCGGGUUGGGUUACAACAGAAUGGGGAAAAAAUGAUUUAUUUUAAAAAUACAGUCAAGUCAGAUUUCUUUGGCAUUUACUUAUUUCGUCUCUUUCCUGUUUCCGAAUGCCCCCUUUACUUUUUACUUUCUCUAGACUCUCUUGCCAUUCAACUGCAUUGGAUUCCUUGUCUUGUUAAUCCCAGUCUUUCCUUUCUUGCGUACAAUUAAUAGAAUUGUACAGAUAAUAAAAGUCGGACUAAAAGAGGCUGGCGAAAAGACAGCCCCAAGGAAUCGGAAGAACAGACCGUCGAACCUCCUUCCUUCAUUUUCUCCACCAGUCCUUCCCCUCACUAGUAUUCUCAACUAGUCUCCUCCUGUGCUUCCAAACAUUUUUCUUCGUCUGUUCACCGUCUCGAUUUGUCCCUCGCCGUUGGUUCAUUGGUUGUAUGUUACUGUGGCUUUAAUCGCCAACCCCAUAAAAACACUUUAUUUUUUGUAUUUUUUUUUUUUUUUACUUUUUCUCGUUCACAUUCACCUCCACAACCUUUUUGAAAAUAUAUAUAUCAAUAUAAAAAAAAAGAGGGGAUAACACAAAGAGAAAGAAAGAAAGAAAAA